AUGCAGCAAAACUCACCCGAGCAGCCGCAAGUCCUCAUGGUCGGCCCCGCCUCCACCAGCGCAGCCUCUGCUGAAGAUGCCUCUGGCCGUCGAGCGUGCGAUCAGUGCCGCCUUCGCAAGAUUCGAUGCGACAAGGACUGGCCUUGCUCCAACUGUAGAACAGCCAAGCGACCAUGUACUUCAACCGGCGCUGGCCAGCGGCCCAAGGAACCCCGUCAACGUGUCCUCAUCUCCUCCCAGUAUGAGCGCAAGAUUGACCAGAUCGAGUCGCGCCUCGGGAGCAUCGAGACGCUCCUCAAGAAUCUUUCGACGUCCGGUGGCGGCGGCGGAGGGGUGGGUAUGCCAAGCGACACGGCAGCCCGUAUCAUCUCAACGCCGCAGACAGGUAGCAGCGGGCCGACGUGCGAGUCAACCGCCGACUUUGACAGCAGCGAGGAAGACACGGCCUUUGGCGGUGACUCUGGGCUGACGGUCCACACGGCCUUCGCCAGCGAGUUCCUCGAGCGCGCGGUCAAACGCACCUCACUCCGUUCUGCCAACCCCAAGAUGGAGGCCGCCCUCGCCAAUCUCGGUCAGCUUGUCGAGAUGCAACAAAGCCGCCCGGAGCACCGCCCUCGCUUCCCGCUACAGCGUGCGGUCCCGCCGGGCGGCGUCUCUAAGCUACCGCUGCCACCCAUGGCGCUGGUCGUUGAGCUGUUGAAGAAGAACAAGGCUUCGCCUGUCACUCUGUUCACUAUUAUGUGCGACUUGGUAGGCGUCUCAGAUAUUACCACGCUAUGUCGAGCUGUGUACUUUCCCACCGAAGAUGUUUCUGACGCGACAUUUGCCGUCGUCAGCGCUCUGUUGUAUAACUUGUUUCUUGAGCAGCACUCACUCUCUUCCGACCCUGACGUGAGAGAAGAGUAUAACCGCCACUUCCAACUAUGCCGAGCCAACCUCGAGACCACUUUAGCCAACUUACCUAUGCUUCUGUCGGCCAAAAUUGACAACGUCCAAGCUCUUCUCCUAGGGAGCCUCUAUGCCGUCGACGUCUCUCGCCCAACCGUCGCCUGGCACUUUGCCUCGGCCGGCGCGCAGCUGUGCCUUACGGGCGGAUUCCACCGGCAAGACACCUUGGCGCACGACCCGCCUGAGACGGCGCGCAUCAAGCGCAUUCUCUUCUGGCACAUCUACACGUUAGACAAGGGCCUCGGAUUGCGCCUCGGCCGCGCAUCCGUCAUCCACGAGUGCGAUAUUGACAUCCCACGCGUGUUCGAGUUCGACCUACUCGAUAGUGGCGGCGCCGACACCGUGCCUACCAUGUGGGUCGAGAUCUCGGGUCUCCAGAGCCUCAUCUACGAGCAGCUCUACAGCCCAGCAGCCUUGCAUUGCCCGCCGGAUGAGCUGGUCCGCCGGGCGCGUGCACUUGCUGAAGAGUGCCACAAGCUCGGCGUGCGGGGGGACCAGGCGCGUAGCCAGGCUUACAGCUACAUCAAGCAGAUGAACAUCUCUGAUGUCGUCGACGUCUUUAUUCGAGGAGACGAGGUGACUUAUUACGUCACGCAGACGCUCAUCUACCGUGUGAUUCCCGCGCCGGAGCGCUCGGUAAGCAGGUUUUGUGAUGAGUGUCUCGAGGCCGCGCGCAGAGCCAUGAGCGCACAUCAAGAUUGCGCGCGGUUGAUCGAUUACGGCAGCUUUGUCAAGACGACCUAUGUUCACUGGAGCCUGCUCCUCACACCGUUCGCCCCAUUCUUUGUGCUCUUCUGCUAUGUCAUCGAGACGUCGUCAGCCGACGACCUGAAGAUCCUGAAGGAGUUCGUCGCGUCGCUGUCCCUCGCACGGGACUCGUCCGAGGCAGUAGAGAAGCUCUACCGGCUGUGCCAGGUCAUGUACGAUGUGCUGACGCUGUAUGUCGAGGCGAAGUCGGCUCAGCAACAGCAGGAGAGUGGCGGCACGAACGGCGCCGCCCAUGGCGUAGUACCCAUCGGGGAUGAGUUCGAAAUGUACCUCAGUCAGCUUGGUCUCAUGCCCAUGGAGGACCAAGCCAUGACCGGCGCCCAUGAUGGCAGCAAUGGCCAGCAGGCUGUGCCCGGAGCUGGCGGCCAGGUCCCACACAACCCUCAGGUGGCACAGAUCGCGGACUGGUUUGUCAAUAACCGCAACAUGAUGGGGCUGCUGGAAGAGGAUCUGUCGCAUAUCGAGUCGUAUCGUUGGUUGGAACGCGGUGCGGCGUAUCUGCAGCAACAACAGCAGCAACAGCAACAACAGCAGCAACAGCAGCAACAGCCGCACCAGCAACACGGUGGGCAGGUGGGGGCGGCCGGCAAUGCAGUCCAUGGACACCAUCAUACGGGGUCCAUGUAA